UUUUAAUAUUACCAUAGAAUAAUUAUCUGAUAUUAUCAGACUUCAGCAGUUCAGCAGCAGGCAGGCUCUGAUAGACGAUUGUCUGGUAAUUAUUAAUUAUAUUUUAUUAUAACAGAAUUAUUGUCAUUCGGUCAUAAUAUUCUGGUCGUCGUAAUUGCUGAUCAACGAGACGAGAAUUUCUACUACGAGAUACCUAUUCGCAUUCAAAAAUGGGCUCGGAACAGAGUUCGCAAUCCAACGCCUCCGAAUCGGGCUCGAAAAAUCCGAAACUAAAGAGGGGCAAAUCGGUGCCCGAGAGUUCUUGGCCUCGGAAUUCGCAGGAUGGUCAGCACAGCAGGGCGGCCAGUACAAACACAUCACCCGGCCACAGCGUGUGCAGCGACGUCGACUUGCCGUACAUAUCGUACAUGGUCAACCGGCCAAUCGGAGAUUCACCGAAGAAACCCAGCAUCAUGAGCCGAGGCAGAUCAAUG